AUGAAGCAUAGUAAUAGUAUUAGAUCGCAAUUUAGAUUGGCUGUUCCAAGAGGUCCUUUUGGUCCAGUUGUUCCUGGUAUCCGUGGACCAUGGUUUGGUAAUGGGCCAAUUGAUGGCAGGAGAUUCGAGACCACAGAUGACCGUCACGUUCAGGCCAAGCACACCUCCAUAUACCCUGAUGAUGAACAGCUUACCGUGAUUGAGCGACUUGUGACUGAAACUGAAAAAGCUCUCAAAAAAGUGUCCGACUUCUUCAAUGAACGGGAUCAUUUGGAAACAAAACCGCAAGUGAAGCCUGCAGCAGCCGGAGAAACAGCGAAAGAGGCAACAGCGACACAGGAGAAAGAUCGUCUUUUGAAAGGAGUCAUGCGCGUGGGAAUGUUGUCUAAAGGAUUAUUGCUGAAGGAUGACACUGAGGUCCACUUGGUCGUGCUCUGCUCUCACAUUCCCGGUUUGUCGCUUUUGAAAGAGGUAGCUGAUUUGAUACCCAAGUAUUACGAGAGCCCUGAAGGAUCGUCAGUCAACAUCACUGUGGAGGAACCAAGUGCAUCAAUGAUACUUCAGCAGAGCUCAAUCCCGCUUAGAUGUCGUAUCACACUAACUUCUCGCGAAUUUAGAGAGGAUGUCGCUGGCGGUUGGUGCCUUGUUUUCUAUACAGUUUUUGCAAUUGCAAAGUGUGCGUUUCGAAAGCUUCACCAAGUUUUUUGCUUCGAAAUUUUCUUAUCCUGCUUUUCGUGCAUCCGUCUCGUGUGAAA